AUGCCUGUCUCCGUCCCCACCUCGAGCUCUCUUCAUGAUCUCUUCAGCCUCAAGGGCAAGGUCGUCAUUGUGACUGGUGCAUCUGGCCCGACCGGCAUUGGUACCGAGGCUGCCCGUGGCUGUGCCGAGUUUGGCGCAGACGUGGCCAUCACCUACAGCUCCCGACCUCAGGGUGGUGAGCAGAACGCGAAGGAGCUGUCCGAGAAGUACGGCGUCAAGAGCAAGGCAUACAAGUGCAAUGUCGGCAGUUACGAAGAGGUGGAGAAACUGGUCGCCGAUGUAGUCAAGGACUUUGGCAAGGUUGAUGUCUUCAUUGCCAAUGCCGGCCGUACCGCCGACAGUGGCAUUUUGGACGCCCCUGUUGAGAAGUGGAAUGAAGUGAUCCAGACCGACUUGAACGGGGUCUACCACUGCGCCAGAGCCGUCGGUCUACAUUUCCGAGAGCGCAAGACCGGCAGCUUCAUCAUCACGGCCUCCAUGUCAGGCCACAUUGCCAACUUUCCUCAGGAACAGACAUCCUACAAUGUCGCCAAAGCCGGCUGCAUUCACCUGGCUCGUUCGCUGGCCAACGAAUGGCGUGAUUUUGCCCGUGUCAACUCCAUUUCUCCGGGCUAUAUUGACACCGGUUUAUCGGACUUUGUGCCCCAGGACAUUCAGCAGCUGUGGCACUCGAUGAUCCCUCUGGGCCGUGAUGGAAAGGCCACCGAACUGAAGGGUGCUUAUGUCUAUCUUGCCAGCGAUGCCAGCACUUAUACCACUGGUACUGACAUCGUCAUCGACGGUGGUUACACUGCACGGUAA